AUGGCUAGAGAUAAGAGCAUAAAAGAACAUGGUGGAGAUAAAGUAAAAUCACCGCGAAAGAAACACCGCUAUGAAGAAAACGUCGUCGCAUCGCCCGUCAACUCACCGAAGCCGAAGAAGAGGAAGAGGGAAAGCAAAACUGAAGACUCGGAUAACAGAUAUGAUACCCAUGAAGGACAAAACGGAGUCGUCACACCAGUCAAGGAAUCCGAAAAGCUUCAAUCGAAAGAUCAGACGCCGUCGAAGGGUGCUGUUUCGAGUGGUAGCAAGGAGAAGAAAAAGCGAAAUGAUGCUUCGAAUAAAUCAGAAUCAUCUCAUCGAGCCGAUGAGGCGGCUGAGGAUAUGCAAAUAGAUGAUAACACGCCUAAGAAAAAUAAAAAACGCAAACACGAGGAGGCAAGAAAUGAGGAGAAGCAUAAGUCGAAGCAUGCGAAGCUGCUCAAAAAAUUUGAGAAAUCAAUCAAAGCUAGACCCGUCGCCGAAGAUGUGGAAGAAGCUCCAAUUGAGACUGGCACGCCGGUUAUUGCUCACGGCUUAGAGCCUCUUCCACAGCCGGAACCUGCUGGAGAUACAGGAGAAAAGCCUACAUACUCUACAAUGCCCGAUUGGAUCACAAAUCCCGUCACGAAAUCUCCAUAUGACCAAGAGGAUGGACAACCUGUCAAGUUCGAUGAUAUAAGCCUCGAUAGAGGCGUGGUCUCAAAACUCGAAAAACAUGGAUACAGUGAGGCAACACCAGUACAAGCUACAGUCAUUCCCCUUCUUCUUGACGAGAAGCAUCGCCAUCGAGGUGAUUUGUGUGUUUCGGCCUCUACUGGAUCGGGGAAAACAUUGUCAUAUGUGCUCCCAAUCAACCAGUCACUUCAGAGGGAAUAUCUUCCAAGGUUCCGUGCUCUCAUUGUCGUGCCUACCAGGGAGUUGGUGAAGCAGGCCAGAGAAGCAUUCGAAGCUUGUGGAAGCAAUCUACGAAUUGGCACUGCCAUUGGAAAUGUUGCUCUAAAGGACGAACAGCAGAAAAUAAUGAGAUGGGAGUCUGUCUACAGUCCUGAAAAGUACAACCAGGAUCAGCAGAAAGUCAUGUCAGAAGAUGACUGGGCAGAUUUCGACCUUCUCAAGUACAAAGAUGAGGUAGAGCGCACAAAAGACCAAUUACCGCAGUACGUGCAAGUGGCUCGACCGAACAUUGAUGUUCUCAUUUCAACGCCUGGUCGAUUGGUCGAUCACAUCCGCCAAACAGAUGGGUUCAGUCUUCGUCAACUCCAGUGGCUAAUAGUGGACGAAGCCGAUCGGCUGCUCAACGAGAGUUUCCAGGAAUGGGUUUCUGUGCUCAUGACUGCACUCAACAAAGAGAAGACUGCCAAUGUAGGCGACUCUGUCCUGGCUAGAAUAGGACGGCCGAUACAGUCACCUUACCCGAAAAAGGUGGUUCUGAGUGCAACGCUUACCAACGAUAUUACCAAACUCAACUCUUUGCGCUUGGAUAAUCCAAAAUUAGUGGCAAUCGGCUCGAAAAAUAUGAAUCCUGAUGAAGGAGCGAAUCAUGAAACAGAGCAAUUUGUCUUGCCAUCCAACCUCACGGAACAUUUUGUGCCUGUAGGCGAUGGGUCCGAAAAGCCAAUCCAUCUGAUGAAAUUGAUAAUCGCAAUAAACAAAUCGAAGUGGAGUGGUAUUGGAACCCCUGCGUAUACUUCAAUUUUUGACAGGAAACCCACAAAAAGUGUUGACACGGACGAUGAGACAAGCUCGGAUGAUGAUGAUGCUACAAGUUCUUCAGGCAGUGAUACAAGCAGCUCUGACGAGUCUUCAGACUCUGACUCGGACUCUCGAUCUGAGGCCGAUUCAGACUCAGAUUCCUCGUCCGAGUCAAGCUCCGGCUCAAGUUCUGAUAACGAGAGUGACAGCAGUUCCGAUUCGGAAUCGGACACCUCAUCCGUCAGCAUCGAGCCUUCAGAAAUCGUCCCAGCCAAAUCCGACGCUGGCAUUACCUCAAUGCUCAUCUUCACCAAAUCCACCGAAUCCGCAGCCCGCUUAUCCCACCUCCUCAGCCUCAUGAAUCCAGCACUAAAAGACAAAAUCGGCACCAUAGUCAAAUCCAACAACUCCUCUUCCUCUCGCAAAACACUCAGAGACUAUCGCGCCGGAAGAAUAAACAUCAUAGUCGCCACAGACCGUGCGUCGCGAGGUAUCGAUCUAGUCGGCCUCGGCGCAGUGAUCAAUUACGACAUGCCUACAAGUCUGACCACAUAUGUCCAUCGUGUGGGACGAACCGCGCGAGCCGGAAAAUCAGGUCAGGCAUGGACGCUGGUUGAGCAUCGCGAGGGAUUGUGGUUCCAGAAAGUGAUUGUCAAGAGCGAGAAUGUGGUGCGAUCGGGCAAGGUCAUUAAACCCGCUAAGUCGGAGAAAAAUACAAAGGCUAUGGUUAAGGAAUAUACGGCGGCUCUUGAGGCUUUGGAAAAGGCUGUUAAGGGAUGA